AUCAAAAACACCGCGCUGACCUCCGAAGAUUUCUGUUUCUGCCUUUUGUUUGUUCUUCGGCGAUCGCGACCCCGUGAAGUGGAAGUUCCGGGGCUCCGCCGACGGCGUGAGGUGGACCACCCUGCAGCACCAGUCCGAGGGCUACAAGACCGACGCCAAGCGCCUGGAGCUCCAGAGCUUCGUGUUCGGGGAGACGGAGCCGAAGGAGCCCGCGGCGCCGCGGGGCCGCCCGCGAGCGAGCAGGCCGCGGACGCCUCGGGCAGCCUGCCGAAGGAGAGCUGGUCCCCCGCCGACGACGGGGUCUCCGCGGCGUCCGCGGCGGCGUCGCGGCAGGCGGUGGUCGAGUCUGCGGAGUGGCAGUUCGAGGAGGCCGCGGGCGCGAGCCAGCGCAAGAAGGAGGAGGAGGGCUCGCCGGACGCGGCCCUGACGGCGUGCCUCUCCACGCUCGGCGCCCUCCUCCUGCUCGCGGCGGGCGCCGCCGCGGCGUACGGCCUGCUGUGGCCGCGGCCCGCCGCGGCCGAGGCGGCCAGCAAGGGCGGUCGGACGCGCUCGGAGGGGGAGGAGGACUCAGAGCGGGACACGGCAGCCGCUGGGGAUCGGACUGGUCUCUGACGCCAGCGCGGGCUCUGCGUGCGCUGCCAGGUUCGCAGGAGGCGCCUACGUCCAGCAAGAAAGUUGUCGGCUUGGGGCGUUGGGACCGGGAGAAGUGAGAGCGAUGUCCAUCUUACAGCGCAUGUUGCAGGUGCUACGGCACCGUCGUGUCCUGUGUCUGCCCAGACCCUUCCCUCCCAACGCGGCACGUUGCGCCUCCCCAAUCCCUCUGCGCGGCCGCCUUGGUCUUCUGUUCCUCCUCUUGCCUGCAGGCCAGUUUGCCACUUCGGCGGCUCCGAGUUGCCACAGGGUGGAGCGCACCGCCCCUGCCUCGCUGGCGACGGACAACAAGUGUCACGGAUCCCCUUCUCUCUUUCGCACCUGGAAUGCGCUUGUCUACUGUCGGCUGCGCUCGGCCCCGCAGCGAGCUUGGGCGCGCAGGCGCCUGCCGCUGCCGCCCCGGACGUCGGCGUCGCUGGGGUGGGCAGCCGCAUACGGCUGCUGGCCUGGACAUCGUCCGCAUCUUUGGGUC